AUGUAUUCGGUUACAAUAAUAUUAUUUCUGUGUUUCUGCGUCUUUUCGGAAUCAUUGGGUGGGCUCGUGGUUUUGAGUCACGUCCCACCGGAUCCACGGAAGAAAUCCGACGUAUCGCAACAUUCGAGAGGAAUGGACCAUACGGCCGCAGAUUUGAAAUUUCGAUCGUCAUCGCCAUCACCGAUCUGCGACUGUUCGCAGGUACCCGAACCAUCUUAUCCAUACAUCGUCGGUUCGCAGGUACCCGACCAACCUUAUCCAUACAUCGUCGGUUCGCAGGUAACCGGGCGCCGUCCACCUUACCACGACGUUCCGCCGGAAAACGGAUACCGUCCGCCCCACAUCAGCUGUCCAAAGGAAACCGGAAACCGUCCACCGCCGUCGACCAAUAACUGUCCGACGCAUGAAUGCCAUCGACGCACAUCGCCUCCGUGUCCGCCUCGCCGAACAUCACCACCAUCAUGCAUGACUUGCCAGACUACACUGCCACCGUGCAAGAAAUUCCGGACUCUACCACCGUGCACCACCUGCAGCCGAACAUCACCACCAUGCACGACUUGCCAGACUACACUGCCACCGUGCAAGAAAUUCCGGACUCUACCACCGUGCACCACCUGCAGCCGAACAUCACCACCAUGCACGACUUGCCAGACUACACUGCCACCGUGCAAGAAAUUCCGGACUCUACCACCGUGUACCACCGGACGGACAUUACCGCCAUGUACUACGUGUAGGACUUUACCAUCGUGUACCACCUGCCAAACAAUACCGCCAUGUAGCACCUGCACCACGUGCCAGACCUUGCCACCUUGUUGCAAGUGCCAGACCUUUCCACCUUGCUGCAAGUGCCAGACCUUUCCACCUUUCUGCAAGUGCCAGACACUGCCACCUUGUACCGCAAGUAAAACGCUUACGUCGUGUACCACAAUACGACCUCUAAAGUUGAGAUUCCUCGGUAGCUUAACCACACGCCGCCGCCGCCGCCGUAAAAACAAAAUUUUGAUCAAGACUUGA